AGUUAAUAUUAAAGUCCGGUCAAGAUGCAAUGAAGGAUAUCAAUUCAAGAAUAAAGGGAGUACAGUUGACGCGCCUGCUUUCUAUGGAUCACUUCGCUUGGCAAAUUGGUUACGUAACAUUCGAACUUCAAAAUAAAUAUAGAAAAAUCAUAGACAGAUACAAUUCAUCGCUCGUCAUGGACCGUAGAUAUUUUCUAAUGGAGCACAUUCUUUUCCUAGUUGAAAUGGAGUACGCUUAUUGGGAGAUAGACCAUUACGCGCUGUUACUGCACGAGAUAGAAGCAAAGUACAAACAAAAUGUUUCCGAUUGGAACACAACCUACCUUGAUGGAACGCCGACGGCGGAGGACUACGAGACACCGGACCCCGACAUAUUCACUAAAACAAAACCUACGCCUAGGACUAGGCCUUCUACGAGCGAUUGGACCUCUACUAGAAGCAGAGAGAGAGGGCGGCUCGGGGAAUACGGCUGGGAACCACGUGUUCCUAUAUAGUAGCUCCAUACGACAGUCGAAAGUUAUUUACCUACUGCUAUACUACAUACAUCAAGGCGCUAUCUGCACACGCACAAAUGUGUGCGUGAAGUGGCAGGGUUACCCACUACUUUCUCGUAAGUGGUCAAAGCGGCAACAUAGCGUAAAUUGUAACGCGAAUAUCUUAUCGAUAAUUGUAUUAAUAGAAUCGUAAUAAU